GUUACGCCCACUAGGCCACACCACAACAUGUGAUUAUUGUUUUUAUUUUGCACUCUCAUAAAUCUGCUAAAAAAUUGUGUUUUAGUUUCACCGUUCGCAUUAAAUUUCUAACUCUUCACCACAUUGGAAAUUUUAAUUAGUUUAUGUAUUAAUGAAGCUUUCUACCCUGUUUGCGAUGCAUAGGUCAGUCAUGUUAAGAAGGGCAGGAUGCAUCGCUUCAACUAUGCAAAGCAGGGUGUCACCUGGAACAUAUUGCUCUCCGGGCGGUCCACAAAUCAUGUCCAAGAGAGGUGUUCUAACCUUCAAUAAAUUCCGGCAGAUGUACCAGGACUUCUGGAAACCACCACCUCCAAAACCGCCAUACUCACACAUCUGCCAAAUUGGUGACCCUGUGCUGAGAGGGAAAGCUAGUCCAGUGAAUGUGGAGGAAAUUGGCUCAGCCAAAAUUAAGAAGAUCAUUAAAACCAUGGAGUCGUCUUUGAAAAGUUACAAGGCGAUUGGACUUGCUGCUCCUCAGGUUGGGAUUCCUCUUCGUAUAGUUGUGUUUCAUUUCUCAGAAGAUGCGCUCAAAACCUUUGACGAGAAGACAUUGAAAAUUAGAGAAAUGGAAACAAUUCCAUUCAAGGUUUUCAUAAACCCAGCUAUGAAAGUAACCUCUCCAAAUAAAAUCAGAUUUCCUGAAGCUUGCGAGAGUAUCAAAGGGUUUUCCGCAGAUGUGCCUAGAUUUUACUCAGUGAAACUAACAGGGUUAAACGAAAAUGGAAAGAAAGUGGAGUGGGAUGCCAAAGGGUGGUCGGCUAGAGUAAUCCAACACGAGAUGGAUCACCUUGACGGCCGUUUGUACACGGAUAUCAUGGACAAAGACUCAUUUUCUUUUGGCUUCUGGCACAAUGUUAACAUCCGAUCAGGUAGAUUCAAUCUGUCGUUUUCUCCAUAUAAAAUCUUUUCGUGAAUUUAAAUAAAGUGUUGGUAGCAAAAUUUACACAAA